AUGGAAGAAUUGGAGAACACUACGGAUUACUACUUAGACUACUAUAGUUUGGAUGACUUCCCUGUUAGAGACGGAUACAGCAAAAAACCCCAGAUAGACCCCCUGACCGUCAUUCAAGUGGUCGCUGCUCUCAUCUACAGCGUCACCUGCCUCCUGGGUCUAUUGGGCAACGGCUUGGUCAUCGCCAUUAUCCUCAAGAUGAAGAAGUCGGUCACCACGGUCUGGUUCCUCAACUUGGCAGCUGCCGACUUCCUGUUCAACGUCUUCCUGCCCCUGAACAUCGCCUACACGGCCAUGGGCUUCCACUGGGUUUUCGGCAGGGACAUGUGCAAAGUCAACAAUUUGCUUCUCAACCUCAACAUGUACACCAGUGUCUUCCUGCUGACCACCAUCAGCUUCGACCGCUGCAUCUUGGUGGUCUUCCCAGUCCAGUCCCAAAAGCGUCGGACACCAACCAUCGCCUGGCUGCUCUGCGUCCUAAUUUGGGUGAUUGGUUUCCUAAUGAGCUCCCCUUCCCUUGUUUUUCGAGACACCACGACCUCCGGCAACCGCAUCCUUUGCUUUCACAACUUCUCCUUGUCCAGUUCUCCAAACGACACCGCCCUUGGCCACCAGAGACACAAAAUGGUAACCACCAUUCGCUUCUUGCUGGGGUUUAUCAUACCAAUGAUCAUUAUCACUGUAUGCUACAUCACCAUAAUUUUCCGGCUGAAAAGGAACCGUCUGGCCAAAUCCAAGAAGCCCUUGAGGAUUAUUGUCACCAUUAUCACCACCUUCUUCUUGUCUUGGUGUCCCUACCAUACGUUCCACCUGCUGGAAAUGGACCACCAGUCAGUUCCGAGCGCCGUCUUCGAGAUUGGGCUGCCUCUUGUCACCGCCAUCGCGGCUUCUAACAGCUGCAUGAACCCCAUUCUGUACGUCUUCAUGGGCCAAGAUUUCAAGAAGUUUAAGGUCACCAUCCUGUCCAGGCUGGCCAAUGCGCUGACCGAGGACACAAUCAAUUCAGUCCAUUCGUUCUCGCGCAAAAGCGUCACCAAAGCCAGUUCGAUGACUGAAAAAGAAUCAUUUUUACUCUGAGCCCAAGGUGGAUUACAGCGGAUCAUUUGGUUUCCAGCAAUGGUCCAAAAACUCCUCGCGGUGGCUUUCUUGGAUUACUUUCAGGAGGAACCUGACAUUGGUUUGGUGAAUCUAAGCCAGUGGUGGCUCUAUGUGAUUCUAAGUACACUCUUGUUUAUUCUUAUCGCGGCUUUUUGGAGGUUAUGGCAUAAACGCCUGAUCCUAACCACGUAAACAAACUUCACGACAAAGGAAGGCCCGAUGGUUGGAAUUCAGCCUGCAAAGUCUUCACCGCAUCCUAUAAAUCCUUGGCAAAAAGCAUAUUUUGAGCUCUGGGGGAAACUGAGUAACCCCUUCAUUGGCCCGAGAAUUGGGAAGUUUAGGCUUAGCUUGUUUUAGACAGGACACCGUAACAGAUGUGUGUGUGUGUGCGUGUAUAUUUCCUAAUCAUUUGUACCUGUGUAAAUCCAGGUGUGAUUUCUCAUUCUAUGAGGAGCAGACAUGCAAAAGGCUCAUUUUCUGCAAUCCCAAAUUUUCCCAGUGGAGAAUUUAAUUCUAGUUAAAAAAUAAAACCCCAAGCCUUUCCUCUCACACGCUUCGGAGGGCAAUCAUUUCAUACAGGUUCUGUCCAGCAACUUUUUUCCUCUCUCGUUGACUCUUCCGUGAGAUUUCAUAGUCCACGAAUAAAUCUUUUUUCUCUAGGAGGUGGGCUGCGAGUUCCCGUCUCUUCAAUUUCAUGCCCAGUUAAUUUGGGAAAUAAUUCAUUUCCCCCUCUCUUUCUUUUCACCGACCUAAAUCUGAAAUGAUGAGCUAGAAUCCCACCCUGGGUUUAUAGAUUGAUAAGUUGAUUUUACUUCUCCCAAAUCUAAUGAAAUCACUUCUAAUUGUAUCUGGAAAGACAUGGAGGAUGGAGCUUCUCCUUCUGUUGCCGGAAAGUGCCAGGCAGAACAACUUCUCCACCUCUGGAGCAGAUCAACAAGGGUUUCUAACUAUUGUUGGUCUACAAAAACACGACCAAAAUUAAAAGGAAGUCGUGGAAAUUUGCUGCAUCAGGAACAAUCGCUUGGAUGACAGAAAUAGACCCUGGAGACAAGCAGAGACGUCCAACAAUGUUUUCCAGCUGGAGAAUCUUGAGGAUUUAGUAAAUAAAAAGUAACUCCAGCUAUUGGCAUGGGAAUCCACUGCCCUCAGUUCAACUCCUAGCAAUAUGAUGGCAAUAGCAACAGCAAUAGCAGUUAGACUUAUCUACCGCUUCAUAGGGCUUUCAGCCCUCUCUAAGCGGUUUACA